CAGAUCUUGCGGUUCAGUUUUGCAAAUAAUACGUAAUCACCAUUUUCUAGGACCAACAGCUCAGGCCUCAGGAUGAGCAUGCAAGCAUUUGGGUGGUGAAAUGGGUGCGAUGAUCUGAAACAUCUACACGUUUCAGUUAUCAUCUGAACAAUUUUUUUUUUUUAGUUUUCUCUCUGUCAAUCCCUCGAUUCUUUUGGCUUCAUUCCUCUCAAAUCUUUCACUCUCCUCGUCUAGUCUGCCAAUAAAUUUGAAUUGCUUCCAUUUUUAUUAAUUCUUCAUUAAGUGCGCACUUCUAACUUUUGUUCCGAUUUUAUCAAUUCUUUCUUUGUUUGGCUUCGGGCGGGUCAAUUGGAGCCGGAGAUCGGCGAAAGCUUCGAUCUUGCGGCAGUGGGGAUGAGGUGGGAGAGCGUUCAGGUGGUGGCGAGGGCAAGGGAAACGCCAGAAGGUAAGAAAUCGGCGGGUAGAACCGGCGGGAUUUGGGGACCCGGCAAGCGCUGGGGUCACUCCUGCAACUCCGUCAAAGGCGGCAGAUACAUCUAUGUCUUCGGCGGCUAUGGUGGCGAUACUUGCCAGACUAAUGAUGUGCACGUCUUCGACACCGUUAAGCAGACAUGGAGCAAACCAAUGAUGAAGGGUGAUCCACCCUCUCCCAGGGACAGCCAUAGUUGUACUACUGUUGGAAAAAAGCUGUUUGUGUUUGGUGGUACAGAUGGAACUAAUCCGCUCAAUGAUUUGCACAUUUUGGAUACUUCCACCAAUACAUGGAUGUCACCAAUCUUGCAUCAAAGGGGACCUGAUGCACGUGAGGGGCACAGUGCUGCACUUGUAGACAAGAAACUUUUUGUUUUUGGAGGUUGUGGGAAAUCCGGCAACAGUCAUGAAGAAGUAUAUUAUAAUGAUCUUUACAUAUUGGACACAGAAACAUUAGUUUGGGAAUGUGCCAUAACAUCCGGUAUUCCACCUGUCCCUCGUGAUAGUCAUACAUGCUCAUCAUGGAAGAAUAAACUUAUUGUACUUGGCGGUGAAGAUGCAUCUGAUUGUUAUCUUUCUGAUGUUCAUAUGCUGGAUGCAGAUACCCUUACAUGGAGGCAAAUAACUACUUCGGGUCAGAUGCUCGCUCCUCGUGCAGGGCACACAACUGUUGCACUUGGAAGUAAUUUAUUUGUAUUUGGUGGUUUCACGGAUGCUAGGAACUUGUAUGAUGACCUCCAUGUGUUAAAUGUUGAAACUGGUAAAUGGAAUAGAGUGACAAACAUCAACAGAGGGCCCUCUGCACGUUUUUCAGGUGCUGGGGACUGCUUAGAUGAGCAGAGGGGCAUUCUUGUCUUCCUAGGAGGAUGCAAUAAAUCACUUGAGGCCCUUGAUGAUAUGUAUUAUUUAUAUACAGAUAUGAUAGCGAAUAAUUGGCCAUCGCAACCAAAGCAAGAUUUAUUGCAUGGAAAAGAGUUGAAAAUAAAUUGCACAGAUGGUAAAGUGGAGAAAUCUAGUGGCACGACUUUAACUUCAGAGACAUCUGGUGUGUCCCAACCCUUACAUUUACAUGAACAUGGCGAAGCAGGGACCAAAACAAGUGGCUCCUAUUCUGAUGAGGAAAUAGUAUUUGAAGCUAAAGUUACAGGCGCACAUCAACAUGGAUAUGCGAUUGAGACAACUAUAAAUGGAAAGUUACUUCGUGGCAUGCUUUUCUCCUACACCUCGCGCUCUGGUGAAGAUAGUCUUGCGUGCAUGAACAAGAGGAUGAGAGGAGAGGCUGAUAGUAAAUUGAACUCGAGUCUGCAAAUAUGUACUACUGCUACAGACAUACCUCAGGAAAUAAAGAAAGAUCCAAAAGAUAUUGAAGGUGCAAUCAGGAAAGAAGCGCCAGUUCAACCGUUUCAUGAAAAUCCUGAUUCUAAAUUGGCUGACCGGACCACAGAAGAUGGAACUAAACCAGAAAAUAUGGGAAAAUCAGAGGCAGAAUCUAUCAAAAGUGAAGCCUCCGGUGCCUCAUGUAAAUUGAAUGUGGAAAAGCUAUGCCAAACUUCUGCAGCAAAUGAAGCGGUAACAUCCCAUUCAGCCCAAGCAGGUAUAGUAGAUGGUUCUGUUAAUGGACAAUCGAACAUGGCAGCAGAAAAGAACAUAUAAACAUUUACAGCAUCUAUGGAAACAACAAUAGUAAAGGCUGUUUCUUAGGAAAAUGGUUCACAUUUAGAUAGCCUUUACAAGUUGAUAAUAGCUCAGGCGAUGACGCAAAUCAUCUAAAUCUUCUGUUGAAAAUAUCAGUCGUGAAAUGAAAGAUGGAAGAAUAAGAUGAGGAGAGCAUGUAAACAUAUUGGGCUAACAACAGUGAACGUUCUGAUGAAAAUGAUCUAUGUUUGAGGUAAUAUUCAUCAUUUAGCACAAGAGUUGCAUAAAAAUUCUUUGGCAUAUAUCUCCACUAAGAGUGCUUUGGCUGUUUUUUU